UGGAGAAGUGCGGUCCUGCUAUGUUGAUACAGAUCUAAAAAAACUGGACUAAAAGGCAGUCGCGGCGUACGUUGCUCCUCGCGUGGACUAAUUUUUGUUUUAUAGGGAAAAAGUUUUUCAGCGUGGGGGAAAUCGUUACAAACCCGCCUUCAACUCCACCGGCUCGGAACAUUUGGCGACUUGGCUCCAACAUUUGGGCCCCUCCACCCUCUCCUGCUGCUGUUGCUCCGAGUGAAGGUUGAUAUGCCACAUCAGUGAUGGAGCCCAUGACGGUGACGACGUCGGUGGUCGGACCAGAGGAGUUCGACCGCAAUGCCCCGCGUAUCUGUGGCGUGUGCGGUGACAAGGCGACCGGCUUCCACUUCAAUGCCAUGACCUGCGAGGGCUGCAAGGGCUUCUUCAGGCGCAGUAUGAAGCGCAAAGCCUCCUUCACCUGCCCAUUCAACGGAACCUGCACCAUCACCAAGGACAACCGGCGCCACUGCCAGGCCUGUCGACUUAAACGCUGCGUUGACAUCGGCAUGAUGAAAGAGUUCAUCCUGACAGACGAGGAGGUGCAGAGGAAGAAAGAUAUGAUAUUGAAGAGGAAGGAAGAAGAGGCGGCCCGAGAGGCGAUGAAGCCACGGCUGAAUGAUGAGCAGGCCCAGAUGAUUUCCUCUCUGGUGGAGGCUCACCACAAAACCUACGACGCCUCCUAUUCUGAUUUCUCCCGCUUCAGGCCUCCAGUUCGCGAAGGCCCUGUUACGCGCAGCGCCAGCAGAGCGGCCUCGCUUCACUCUCUGUCCGACGCGUCCUCUGACUCAUUCAACCACUCUCCUGAGUCCGUGGACACCAAGAUGAACUUGAGCAACCUGUUAAUGAUGUACCAGGACGGUGCCAGCAGUCCGGACUCGAGUGAGGAGGACACUAAGCUCUCCAUGCUGCCCCACCUGGCCGACCUGGUCUCCUACAGCAUUCAGAAGGUCAUUGGUUUUGCCAAGAUGAUCCCAGGCUUCAGAGAGCUGACAGCUGAAGACCAGAUUGCUCUGUUGAAGUCAAGUGCCAUCGAGAUCAUCAUGCUGCGUUCCAACCAGUCAUUCAAUCUAGAGGACAUGUCCUGGAGUUGUGGAGGUCCCGACUUCAAAUACUGCAUCAACGAUGUCACAAAGGCGGGUCACACUCUGGAGCUGUUGGAACCGCUGGUGAAGUUCCAGGUUGGUCUGAAGAAACUCAACAUGCACGAAGAGGAACACGUGCUGCUCAUGGGCAUCUGCCUGCUCUCCCCAGAUCGUCCAGGUGUUCAGGACCACGCUCGCGUUGAGCAGCUCCAGGACCGCCUGUCGGAGGCCCUUCAGGCCUACAUCCGGAUCAACCACCCAGGCGGACGCCUCCUCUAUGCCAAGAUGAUCCAGAAGCUGGCCGACCUGCGGAGCCUGAAUGAGGAGCACUCCAAGCAGUACCGCUCACUCUCCUUCCAGCCCGAGCACAGCAUGCAGCUAACCCCGCUGGUGCUGGAAGUGUUUGGCAGUGAGGUGUCAUAGCAGACGAGGGGGCAAGCAUGUGUGCAUAUACUCCCUCCUCACACAUUAAGAUGAUUAACCAAUCCCUUACCACCAAAACCCCAGCCUUGAUACAUCCAUAGACCUUUGGGAGAGUAAUAGAUAAUCAGACAGACAGUAAACAAUCACUUCUUUAUCACCGGCCCAUUCUCCCCCUCUUCCUCCUGACCUCAAGGAGCAAGAUUCCGAUACCUGGACCUCUGGAUAUGUGGAGUUAGAGCAUCGUAAGAGGAUGUGGACUCCCGCAGCACUUUGAUAGGGUUGGUAAACACCGUACCAUGUCGUUUGGACAUCCUGAGUCACAGACUUUAGGAAUAGAUUGACAUCCUGAUCCUCUUCACAUCCACAAACUCACGAUUUUGCCUUUUCCUCAUCACUAUAUUUCUCCAGACAUCACUACAUCUAUAUUUUUUUACAGUGGUAAACAACUUGACGGAUGUCAUGGGUACAUCCUCUUAACCAUUAUCCUUAUAAUUACAGGAUCACAUCAUCAUCAUCAUCAUCAUCAUGACAGACAGGGACAGAUACAGAUUAAGAAUUCUGGCACUUGUCAGGUACAGAUACAUUUCUAGCUGUGUCAGUAUUCUAGUACUUUGAUAGCAACAGUAUGAAACAUUGAUAGUGAGUUACAGCUUGGGGCAGUGGGCGAGUGUAGCGUAAUGUAAUUAGGGAUGCACCAGUGCAACAUUUAACCUCCUGAUACAGACGCUGAUAAAAGGGCUCUGUGAAGGAAUGACUGAUUUGGAGAAAAUAUCUAAUUGUGAUCUAUAUAAUAUAAUUAUUUUAAAGCCAAACUUCAUUAUUCACUAGAAUUGUUACUGUUUAUUGUAUCGUGUUUGAUUUAAUUGGCGAGUCAAAUUAAGCCGUCAAAUAUAGAACAAUUAAAUCACAGCCCUAAUGAUUUGCUAA